CGCUGGAAGUACACGUGCUGCCGGCGUUCCUCGUUCCAAACGUUCACUGGAAGCGACCCGUCUGGCUGAGGGCGGGAACCUCGCGCGCGCCAAACCAUAUAAGACCGUUGCAUUUUGUUUUUCCUUUUUUUUGUACAUAUUUUGCCGUUUUGGAAUCUGCAUUUUUUUUUAUUUUUUAAGAAUUCGAAAAUUCGUUUAUGAUGAUUAAAUGAGAUCGAUCUUUGAAGUGACUUCGAUUCGUGAAGUUCGUGAAGGAUUUAUAUAUAUUUUAAGUCAGCUCCUGGAAUUUUAAGAAAAUGGUUGAUGUUCUUUUCGUGUUUUGAAAAAUAAAUAAAUAAACAAAUAGAUAUCUUCCUAGUUGUGGCACUAGGAGGACGCCGUAUACACAAGUCUCUCUUAGAUUCGAGUCUUUUGAAAGUAAGAGUUUGAGAGAGAGAGAGAGAGAGUGUGGGAAGACAAGGCAGCACGCUACGAUCAGCUGGGAUCAUUAGGGUGAAUAUUGUGAGAAAAGGCGGCACGAGAGGGAGAGAGAGAGAAAAAAAAAAUCGUGUUAUAUUAACCAUCUGAAGGAACUCGACGAUCUAAGAAGAAGACGGCUUAACUUGUAGGCGAAAAGGAGACAAUUAAUAAAAAUGGCAGGACAGGAAAGAACUUUAUGCUACACCAUACUACACUGUUUUGUCUUCGCGCAUCUGGCUGUUAUGGCGUCAGGUCAGUGCAGCGGGACAGAGACCUUCGAAAAGGUUACCAGAACGACGGUCAGAGGCAUCUCAGGGGUUCCUCUCUUCUCGAACGCUGGCAACACUGUCACCAGCGACUGUAUAUCCAGAUGUCGCCAGUCCCGCAUCUGUUCCGGGUUUCUGCUGAACUACGACCGGGAAUCCUGCUUCCGCUUGGACAGGGUCGCGUACAGCUCGGGGGCGGCGCUCCAGCCCACCGUCGAACCGGUCAAUUUCUUCGAGAAAAUCUGCAUUACGGCGACCCCCUGCGGCAAAGACUGGAUGCUGGAGCGCGUGGUGGGCUUCGAGAUCGAAGGCUACGACGACAUUGUCCUGAACAACGUGCCCGACAGACUCAAGUGUGCUGAACUGUGCAUCAGGGAAAGGGGCCUUCAGUGCCGGAGUGCCGAGUAUCACACCAGGGACGGCGUGUGUCGCCUCAGCAGACAGGACCGAAGGACUCAGCCGCUCAGCUUCCGCCCCGCUUCGCCGCACGUGCAGUACAUCGAGAACCAGUGCGCGCCAGCCACGCCGCAGCAGAAGUGCGAGUUCGAGGAGUUUCCGGAGCAGGACCUGGGUCACGGCGACAAGCAGAUAGCAGUCGCGUCGAAGGAGGAGUGCCAACAGGCGUGCGAGUCGGAGAGCGCUUUCCACUGCCGCUCCUUCGCCUGGUACGAGCGGGCCGGCGUCUGCAGGCUCUCCGGGGAUGACCUCGUCUCGGCGGGGCCCUCGGCGCUCGGGGACCUGCCGGGCGCCACGUGGCUGCAGAGGGCGCCGUGCCUGGACUUGGAACUCGGCUGCACUGUGGACGCCAUGACUGUUCACCUGAACACGCCAGAACCCUUCAAAGGACGCCUGUUCUCCAGAGAUUUCCCAGCGAGUUGUCAGUCCAGAGAUGUUGGCAGAACUGACACCACUCUCACCAUCAAGUUCAACGAUCCGGAAUGCGGCGUGGUUAACGAGGGGGACGGCGUCUACAGUAACGUCGUGGUUGUUCAGCAUCAUCCUGUCAUUCAGCGGAGGGGAGACAAGGCUAUCAAAUUGAUGUGUUUGUUUGAGACUUCCAACAAGACGGUCACUGACAGCUUUAACUUCAUUGUGGACAACUCGAUCAACGCCGGCGUGGCGACGGCGAUCGUGAACGCGACGGCCCCCUCGCCGCGCAUCCGCCUGCGCAUCGUGGACCGCCUCGGGAGGGACAUCAACGGCGCCAGGCUCGGGGAGGAGCUCUUCCUCAGGCUCGAGCUCGAUGACGAUAGCGUCUACGGCAUCCUGGCGAGGAACCUCAUAGCGAAGAGCGGCGACAACUCGAACUCCAUCAUCCUCCUGGACGAGAGAGGCUGCCCCGACGACCCGGCCAUCUUCCCCUCCCUCCAGCCGCUGCCGGGGUCCAAGAGUCUGCAGGGCAAGUUCGAGGCCUUCAAGUUCUCCGAGGACCAAGUUGUGCGCUUCCAAGUCAACGUCCAGUUCUGCCUUGAGGAGUGCAAGCCGGCGCAGUGCGGAAACAUCCUCUCGUACGGGCGCAGACGUCGAUCUUUAUCCGAAGGCGGCAUUGUAACCUUGGGCGGCGAAUACAGCCUCAUUGGAGGUGAAAUCCAGCUGGGGGACGACCGCGACGACCCCGAAGACGACCACGACACGAUCUACCACGAAAUGCCUCUGCAGAAGGAGAUUAUCGUUGAUAGCGAGACCGUGAAGCCUCUCAGAGCGGGGCUUCUGCCGGAGGAAACAGAUGCCCGACGCCUGGCCGAGCUCGUGUGCACCUCGAGGGAAGUCCUCCUCGCGGCCCUCGUGUCAGGGGCCAUCCUGCAGGUCUGCAUCAUCCUGACGGCCAUCAUGUGUGUGUUCGGACGCAGGAGGAAGCAGGCGCCAAAGGAGUCCCGGAUGUCGACCCUAACCAUCUCCAGGGGUGUUCGAUCCCCUUAUACCACGACUUCGGACGAUUCCGCCAACACGCUCAAGAGUCUUAGAACGUCUUUAAGGGAUUGAGAACUAUAGAUGCAUUAGCCAAGGGGUCGAGGGCAUGUUGGUGUGUGUUCGUUUUUGUGAGUUUUGUUUUUGUAUGUGUGUUUUUUGGUGGUUCUGAUUGUAAGAUAUUGUAUAGAUUUUUAUUAAUUGCAAUAUUAUUCGAAGGUGUGACGGCAGGCAGGAGGCGUGUUGGUUGGAAUUUAAGCGAAUUUAAAAGUUACAGAGAGAGAGAGAGAGAGAGAGAGAGAGAGAGAGAGAGAGAGAGAGAGAGAGAGAGAGAGAGAGAGAGAGAGAGAGAGAGA